UUUGGGCCCACACGACGGCUUUGUUCCACUCCGCUCCGCCACCGUCCUGCGCUCCGCUCCACCGCAUCGCACGAAAAGCACCGACCUUUUUUCCAGCCGAGACACGAUGAUCCACCGCCAUUAGCAGCGGCGGGGGAGCGGCGAUCGACCUUCGUGGCCAGCGCGCGCGUGCCCGCCCUCGCCGGAUCGGGCAGGGGAGAUGGCGCCCACGGCCUCCCUGUCGGCGCUCUGCCUCCUCCUCCUCGCCGCCGCCGCCGCCGCCGCCGCCGGAGCUCGAGUGGACCCGAUUUAUUCUGGCAAACUGGUGCCGGACUGGAGCAGGGAACCCAAGUUUAAACUGCAGAAUUUCUCCCUGAAUCGAGAUGAUAGCCUUCAGCUCCUAAGCAGGCCACGAGAUGUGACUCGCAGGAAAUUGGGGGAGAGGACCGGUGUAAUAAAGAUGGAAACAGUGCAGCAGGAUGAUGAAGCCCUAGUUAAACUUGAGAAUGCAGGUUUUGAGCGUUCAAAAGCAGUUGAUUCUGCUGUGCUGGGAAAAUAUAGUCUAUGGAGACGCGAGAAUGAAAACGAGAAGGCGGAUGCAAAUGUUCGUCUGAUGCGGGACCAAAUGAUCAUGGCAAGAAUAUAUUCCGUGCUUGCCAAAUCCAGGGACAAGCUCGAUCUUUAUCGGGAGCUACUCGCCAGGAUCAAGGAAAGCCAGCGCUCCCUUGGGGAAGCUACUGCUGAUUCUGAUCUCCCUAAGAGUGCCUCUGAGAGAGCAAAAGCAAUGGGUCAAGUUUUAUCAAAAGCUAGGGAUCAACUGUACGAUUGCAAGGAAAUUACCCACCGUUUAAGAUCAAUGCUUCAGUCAGCUGAUGAGCAGGUCCGGAGCUUAAAGAAGCAGAGCACCUUCCUCAGUCAGUUGGCAGCUAAGACAAUACCGAAUGGCAUACAUUGCUUGUCCAUGCGCUUAACAAUAGACUAUUACCUUCUCUCUCCAGAGAAAAGAAAGUUCCCUAAUAGCGAGAAUUUGGAAGAUCCUGACCUUUAUCACUAUGCUCUUUUUUCGGACAAUGUUCUGGCAGCAUCAGUUGUGGUUAACUCAACCAUCGUGAACGCAAAGGAGCCUGAGAAGCAUGUCUUUCAUCUUGUUACUGACAAACUGAACUUUGGGGCAAUGAACAUGUGGUUCUUGUUGAAUCCACCUGGGGAUGCCACAAUCCAUGUUGAAAAUGUGGAUGACUUCAAAUGGUUGAACUCUUCGUACUGCCCUGUUUUGAAGCAGCUCGAGUCUGCAGCCAUGAAAGAGUACUACUUUAAGGCAGAUCGCCAAAAAACUCUCUCUGCUGGGUCCUCCAAUCUGAAGUACCGAAACCCAAAAUAUCUGUCCAUGCUUAACCAUCUAAGAUUUUACCUGCCACAAGUCUAUCCUAAGUUGAAUAAAAUCCUUUUCCUCGAUGACGACAUUGUGGUCCAGAAGGACUUGACUGGACUAUGGGAGGUUGAUCUUAAUGGGAAUGUAAAUGGUGCUGUGGAAACAUGUGGGGAGAGUUUCCACCGAUUUGACAAGUACCUCAAUUUUUCAAACCCAAAUAUUUCGCAGAAUUUUGAUCCUAAUGCAUGUGGUUGGGCUUAUGGAAUGAAUAUAUUUGAUCUGGAGGAGUGGAAGAAGAAGGACAUUACUGGAAUUUACCAUAAGUGGCAGAACAUGAAUGAAAACAGGCUGCUGUGGAAACUGGGGACGCUCCCGCCAGGCCUCAUGACUUUCUACAAGCUGACGCACCCCCUGGACAAAUCAUGGCAUGUGCUUGGGCUAGGGUACAACCCGACGGUCGAGCACGCGGAGAUCGACACCGCCGCCGUCAUCCACUACAACGGGAACAUGAAGCCGUGGCUGGAGAUUGCGAUGACCAAGUACCGGCCUUACUGGACGCAGUACAUCAACUACGAGCAUUCCUAUGUCCGGGGCUGCAAGAUCAGUCAAUAGGCAGUAACUAGAGAAGCAUUCGCUUUGACAGGACUACUGAAGAAAGUGUUCCCCUGUUGCUAGUACAGCUAUAGCGCAUGUUCUUCGUUCGUGUUAUUAUUAGAUUUGUUUUGGUUGGUGUCUUUUCUGCUUGUAUGUAGCUUCUUCGCCCGAUUUGUUGUGCUACCUCGACUAGUCCGCUGCGGCACGUGUUAAUGUUAUUCUCUUGAAAAGAAUGGUGAACUUGGUGACACAUGUGAAUUUAUCGAUGCAAUGUUGCUGAA